AACUCUAUUAGACAUAACCUGUCCCUGCACAGCAAAUUUAUUAAAGUACAUAAUGAAGCCACAGGGAAGAGCUCUUGGUGGAUGCUCAAUCCUGAGGGUGGUAAAAGUGGAAAAGCACCAAGAAGAAGAGCUGCCUCCAUGGACAACAGCAGUAAACUUGCAAAAGUCAGAGGUAAAACAUCCAAAAAGAAGCCUUCCCUCCAGUCUGCUUCAGAAUCCACUGCUGACAGUCCUGGCUCCCAAUUCCCUAAGUGGCCUGGGAGCCCAUCCUCAAGAAGCAAUGAGGACUCUGAUAUGUGGAACACCUUUCGGCCUCGAACCAGUUCCAAUGCAAGCACCAUUAGUGCCAGGCUUUCUCCUAUCCUGACAGAGCAGGAUGACCUCCAUGAUGAAGAGCUGCUUCCUUCUCUAGUGUACUCCAGUGCAUCCAGCAAUGUUCCACCAACUGUGACUGAGGAGCUUGAGCUCAUUGAUGGGUUAAAUUUGAUGUCUUCCAGCUCAUCUAUUCAGAGAGAUUCCAGCUUUUCCUUGCGGAGCCCGAAUGCAGCUGGUCAGACCACUACUUUUGGCAAUUCCCUAUUUAAUCCUGUUGAUAUCACACUGCAAAAUUCUGUUGGCCAUUUCCCUACCCCUCAGACCUUGGCAGCUCUUUUGACACCCAGCUCUCCACCUCCAAGGGAUGUUAUGAUGACUCAGGUGGAUCCAGUUCUCCCACAGACUGCUCCCCUGGGAUUGAACCAAGACAGGCUGCCCAUUGACCUGGACAUUGACAUGUACAUGGAGAACCUUGAAUGUGAUAUGGAUUACAUAAUCAACAGUGAACUCAUGGAUGGAGAAGGACUGGACUUUAAUUUUGAACCCAUUCUGUCUACACCCAGCUAUCCCAGCACCUCACAGGCCUCCAACCAUACUUGGUCCUUGGACAUGCUCAAGUCUCCAGCAUAA